AUGGAUGAGGCUUCCGCAAAGUUCGAGGCAGAGUACUGUCCUCCAUUAGACCCCGCUCUUUUAUUUUCGAUUCUAUCCGACUACGACCUCAACAAGGAAAGUGAUACAGCAGACGCGACAGUUCUAUUGGACCAGCUACGAGAGUCUGCCUUGUUAGAGGAAAAUGCCGAAUUCGAUCCUUCUGGCACUGCAUUCGAAGGGGAUGUCUCUGAGGAGGAAGUGCGAAAGUCCUCGCGGCUGGAGGGAAGCGCAACGUCUUUCCGGGAGACGGACAUGAGCAGUGUGUCGAAUGGUCUGAGUGGAUUGGACUUGAGCGACAGUUCUCAAGAUGGCACGCGUACUCCCGAUUGGGACCCCGUGGACUUCGAUACAAUGGACGAAGAGACCAAAGUGACGCUUCUGCUGGAGGUCUUCAAGGACCAGGCGACUCCACACACCGUACGACAUGCACUCCAGAAGUGUAAUGGAAAGUGGGACACUGCUGUGGAGGAACUCCUCACCCAGGUCGGCAUCGGCGAAUUCCUGCAAAGCGACGGCGGAGUAAAGAUUUCAAACAAGGGCGUUGACGCAUUCUUCGAAGACAACGGGUAUCGCAAGGGACGAAAAGCCAAAGGAAAGAGAAAAGCCAACAGAAUAUCAAAUGGUUCGCAUCAAACAGAUGCAUCAUCGCCAGUUGAAAACAAGUGGCAGACAUCUGGUCGCGAUGUCGAAUUCGUGGCUAGCCGGACCGGCCUGUCUUUGCUGUCGAUACAGUCACUCUACAAUAGCCUCGGAGCGUCGCUGCCGAAGACCAUCACUGCCAUACUCAAGAAACGCUCGCAAACGAUCAGUCCAGAAGACCGCGAAGAUCCUGUCUUGGUAGCCAACGCAUACGACCUCCAGCAGGAUUUUCCAACCAUCGAACAUGAGCAUAUAUUCGCACUGAUACAUCUGACGCACCCUUCCACAGCAGCUGCGCAUGAACUUGCCAAGGAGCUCACUGCUCGUCCUAGAGCAGCUACCGGGGGUAUCCAGAUCAUUCCCAGAUAUGCACCGCCGGUACUGGACGACAUAGACUCGACCUGGAAGAAGCCGCUCAGGAGGAGCCGUCCGACGACUCCCAUAGAACACCACGAGUACGACAUUUCCAAUGGGCCAGACCACGCGUCCAUGUACAACGCUGCUCGUGCAAAUGCCUUUCAACAAGCUCAGGCAGCAUACCGCAAAUCGAGGUCGAAUCCAUUGAUGGGUGGCGCUGCGGCAUACUACAGCCAAGAGGGCCGCAAUCUCAGCGCAUUAUCCUCGCAGGCUACGGCAAGAUCUGCUGACCAAUUGGCUGCGCGGCAAUCCUCCUCGACUGAAGUGGAUCUCCAUGGGAUUGACGUCUUGAACGGCAUUAGGAUUGCGCAGGAGAGAGUCGGGCAGUGGUGGGCGAGUCUUGGGGAGAACCGUGUCAACGGCCGUGUGGGUGCGGAGAGUCGACAGGCAGGAUAUAGGAUUGUCGUUGGUCUGGGUACGCAUAGCAUUGGCGGUAAGGGCAAGCUUGGUCCUGCUGUGAGCAAGGCGUUGAGGAAUCAAGGAUGGCGGAUCGAGAAUCAAGGGGCUGCUAUCUUGGUGAGAGGUCGAUGA